AUGGAUGCGAGUGACACAGGAUUAUGCGUGCUUCAUCCCGCUCGUCGUCAAUUCCUACGAGUCCAAUUUGAUACGAUCGAACAAGACAUGAUACAGAAGUGCAAAGCCGCUGCAGUCGUCUCGGAUGCGCAUUUCACGAUUAAUGUUCGCGAGCAAUUGAGCGUUGUUUUGGCGGCUCUUGUGUGGGGUGCUGAAUGGAGUCCAACAAAUGAUCGUGGUCUCUCUCACGUGAAGUGCAUCAUCGACAACCAGUCUGCGGUAUCGUGGUGCAACAAACUGGCAAGUUCUAAUCCGUUCUCACAAGAGCUGAACCGUGUGCUCGGGGCGGUCGAAGCCCAACACGGCAUUCGAGUAUCGGCCGAUCAUCUCGCAGGAGCCCGAAAUACGUUGGCCGAUUUGGGAUCUCGCGCCUGGGUGGGGUCCAGCCUCGAUCAGUUUUCUAACCUCGUUGCUAUGUGGCAGGAACGAGAAGAUCUACGAUCCACGUUAUUCGCGCUUCAGCUCCGGUCCCUGGCAGAUUCGUCGCAGCGAACCUAUCGGUCCUCAUGGCAACAGUGGUGUCAAUAUCGGCGCUCUCGACAACUCCCGAUCUGGCUACCUCGAAAUGACCCCGAUGAGCAAUCACUACAGCUGGCUCUCUUCGCAGUACAAUGCUGGCGCACAAGUGGCAUUGGAUUCGCCACCAUUCAAUCAAAGCUUAGCCAUGUCGGCCGGUAUCAUUGCAUCAAAUAUGGUACCAGACCCAAGCUCAACGACGGACACCACCUCGCGCUUCGGGGACUCCGACGGACAGCUAGCGCGUCACGACCUCGCGCCCCGUCAGUCAACAACUCCUCGUUGCAUUCAGCAACCUCGUCGCUUUUGCCAACCCACAGCACCGCGUGCUUUUUGGGGCUACGGUCUGGGCUUUUACAUUCUCCUCCGGCGCUCGGAAUACCUAAUGUGCGAUGGUCGACGAUAUCCGCAUUGCCUCGAAGUUCGGGAUGUCAAGGUUGCUGA